CGACGACCGCGAGGAUCGUCGUCAUUCUCCUCGGCCGGCGGGAGCGCUGUUGUCUUGGUCGAUGACAGCGUCGCGAUAGCAGCACCGCCUCUCUCGUUGGCAGCUCCCGCUCCAGACAACCUCGGCACGCGCCGCUCACCUACCAAGCGCCUCGCUCUCCUCGGCCUCAUCGCCCUCGCGGUACCUGCUAUUAUCAUCGCCCUUAUAGUGUGGUGCAUUUGCCGCCGCACGCGCUACAGGCACAGGAUGAAGGAGCUGCGCCUUAACGGUACUCGUUGCCCCGGAGAAGUGGAUGACGUGGACAUGGGCAACGCCGUCAUGGGCGGCGAUUGGCUGAGCCUCGACGCUGUCGCGACAGGCAGAACUAGGAUCGGCGCAAACCGCUCGUGCUUCUUAAUUUCGGCGCCGUCGACGGCUGCGGGCAUCUGCGUGGACGGCAUCUUUGAUCCGAUCGGACAGCAGGCUGUAGAGGCGCGGCAGCGCAAGCGUGCGCGGCGCGUAGCUGUGGCUGCCGCCGAAGCCGCCGGCAGCCCGACGAACCGUGUCGGGAACAGCAGCAGCGGCGGCCUUGCGGACUCGUUCGGUGAUGUCUCCGGCGCUGUAGAGUCGGAGAUGUGGUCCAGCGAUGAAGAGGGCCGUGCCAAUGUCUAUUCACUGAGCGGAGGCACCGGCGGCGACGUUGGCGGUGCGGGGGGUUCUGCCCCAAUAUAUGCAACGUCCCUCGUUCUGCCGGGAGCUGGGGCCACGGGUGCCGGCGCUUCGUUGGGAGCUGGUCCGUCCCUCCACGGUGGUGCUACCGCCAGUUCCGCGAUAACAGUCGUGCCACCACUGGCUCGCAACUCGCAGUACUUCAACGACACGGCGCGUGUGCUGCUGGGUCGCUACAGGGCAAAGAACGAGAGUGGUGGGCAGCAGAUGCCGCCGUUAGCGUUACCAGACGGCGGAGGAGCUGCGACGCAGAGCCUACAACCAGCCGCGGGCACCGAGGUCGGCAGUAGCAACGCCGUGUUGAGCAAGUCCUACUCGGCCUUUGAGCAGAUUCUCUCGUCCACCGUGGCCCCGCUGCAGGUAGGCCGUGAGUUCCACCAGCGCGGUGACAGCGCGGACAGCGUUGAGAGGCCGAAAGGUCUCGCGGCGCCUGUACCACGGGACGGGGACCGUGCUGAGCGGCACGCUGAGAACGAAGACAUCGAAGGUGAGGAAGAGGAGCACGCCUUCCAGGAUGUCGAAGGGCUCGGUAACGAAUACAAGGACGAGGAGUACGAGGACGAUGACGACGGGUCGCCGCAAGGCCACAGCAGCGGCUCGUACGUCCCAGGCGCCCAGUCCGCCACACGCCCUGCACCGCGUCGGUCCCUUCGCUAA